GCAAAAACGCACUUCUUCUGGUGCGACCGGAGAUCGCGCAAAAGUAGCAGCUCCUCGAGCAACUGACGCGCACAACCACCUCCACCACCUCCGGCUCCGGCGUACCCGCGAACCCGACCUGACUUGAGCGGGGGGACGAAGUUUCCCCAACAUCUCCCGGUGACUCUUCCAGCCAUGGACGCAUCUCGAGUGGUAACGCUCUAUCUGCUGGGCCUGCUCCUUGUUUUCCUUGGGAAUAUACCGUGUUUCCAGUCAGCUGCUCUCAUCUCUCCCUCUGCGCCGAGGAGGAACAGGGGAGCCCGGAUCCCUCAUCAGGACGGACAAAGGUCAACCAAAUUCCUAAAAGACAUCUUCGCGUCCUCGCAUCCUAUCAUGAGUCACCACAAAGACGACCCAAAGGACGCUAUUGUGCCGCACGAGUACAUGCUCUCCAUAUACAGGACCUACUCCGCAGCGGAGAAGCUCGGACUAAACGCAAGCUUUUUCCGCUCUUCUAAAUCUGCCAACACCAUAACAAGUUUUGUGGACAGAGGAACAGACGAUCUUUUGCACUCUCCACUGCGAAGACAAAAGUAUCUGUUUGAUGUCUCAACCCUUUCAGACAAAGAGGAGCUGGUCGGGGCGGAAUUAAGGAUAUUUAGGAGAGCGCCGGGGGAUUUGCAGACUUCCCUGCAGACGACAGGCCUCUACGACAUCCAGCUCUACCCCUGCCGCUCGGACCGGCUGCUGGACUCCAGAUCCUUGGACCCGCUGGACUCCACCAAACCCGGCUGGGAGGUUCUGGAUUUGUGGGACAUGUUUAAAACGCAUCAUCAUCAUCAGCAGCACCAGAACCAGCUCUGCUUCCAGCUCCGGGUCACCCUCGGCAAAUCUGACACCGAGGUGGACCUGAGGCGGCUGGGGUUGGACCGGAGGGGCCGGUCCCAGCAGGAGAAGGCCAUCCUGGUGGCCUACACCCGCUCCAAGAAGAGGGAGAACCUGUUCAACGAGAUGAAAGAGAAGAUCAAGUCGAGGAGGUCGGUGGGAGAGAAGGAGGAGGCGGCGGUGGUGGUGAAGGCCGCAGAGGAGGAGGCGGAGGAGCAGGCACCGAGGGGGGGCAGAGGAGAGGGGCCCCGGCGGCGGAGGAGGACCGCGCUCAGCAACCGGCACGGAAAGAGACACGGGAAGAAGUCCAAGUCCAGGUGCAGCAAAAAGGCGCUGCAUGUGAAUUUCAAAGAGCUGGGAUGGGACGACUGGAUCAUCGCACCUCUGGAUUAUGAGGCGUAUCACUGCGAGGGGGUGUGCGACUUCCCCCUCAGGUCACACCUGGAGCCGACCAACCACGCCAUCAUACAGACGCUCAUGAACUCCAUGGACCCCAACAGCACCCCGCCCAGCUGCUGCGUCCCCACCAAGCUCAGCCCCAUCAGCAUCCUCUACAUAGACUCCGGUAAUAACGUGGUGUACAAACAGUACGAGGACAUGGUGGUGGAGCAGUGCGGGUGCAGGUAGC